AUGGAUGAACAGGGACCGCACCCGACAGACUAUUUCUUCGCCAUGGCCUACGUCUUUGCCUGCCAGAUUAUCCCUCCGUUUGUCCAUGCGAAACUGCAGAACAACAUUAAAGAUCUGAUAGUGAGACUUGAGCACGAGGAGAAGAUGUUUCCAUUUGUCCAUCUCUCCGAGGGCGAUAAAGCGGCCGUAAUUCGAGUCCUCCGACAGUGGCAGAAGCCGUGGCCAGCAAUUUCCAAACCGACACAUGUAAGGAAACUCGUGAAACUCAACACUCCCACCAACCAUCCCCUUGAUGGCCACCCUUUGGGGCCAAAAAAAGAGGAGGAUACCCCGGAGAAGAAGGACUUCAAGACAUUCACCGCUCUAUUUCCAUCUGAAGCAGUCGCGAGACAGUGGGAGCCAAUUCUAGGCGAUGCGCUAGUAGAAUACAGGAAGACGGGCAAGGUCGAGAAGCUGUUGGAGCAAAUCAAUUCUACACGGGCUAUCAACAACACAGCAAUCGACUAUGAUUUUGCCGAAUCCGGCUUUCAAAGAGGAGAUGGAAGCGGUCCCUAUCUUGAGUUUGAUCCGUUGGCGACAGUUCAGUCCAUGGAUCUAAACGCAACCCGAAGAAAGCCAAAGAAAGCCGACGACUCUCAAAAGGCUGUAGAGCGCCUUGCAGACUUCUUUCGGGCUCAUGCCAUCUCUGCCAUGAAACUCAAUUAUCAGAAAAGGCUGGCGGUGGAAAUGAUCGCAGGGGAAAUGAUAGACAUUAUGGAGCGUAUUUGGUGUAACGUCGUCAAGGUGCGAAGGCACGGCAGUUUUGGAUGCGCUCUAUACCCCUUGGACUUUGCGGUGAUCCGAACUGGAAGUUCAAUGACAUUCGAGCCAUCGUGCACUAUGAUGAGAAUUCGACUGAGCCAUUGA